AUAUUUAUCUAUGUUUUUGUCGGUUUUCUUCAAUUUUUGUAAGGGUUCGUGGGCUUGCAUUUGCAUAUAUCUGUGUCUUUUGUGAUUUUUUAUUCUUUAGGGGUUUGAGGGUGCGCAAGUCUCUCUAUUAUUUGUGGGUUUCGUUCAAAAUUUGGCUUUUUUCGUCUGGUUUUUGCUUGUCUCCUUUUGGGUGCAUCCAUAAAGUAAUGUUUGUUACAAAGGUUGUUGAUAAUGAGAAAAAAAAAGAAGGAUUCCUCGACAAACACAAUAGGGAGCUGGAGAAUCUGAGUCUGACGAAUCAGCCACUAAAGACAGUUAAAUUCUUCAGUUUAGCUGUUCUAAAGUGUCUUCAACAAUUCUCAGUUAACACUAUCAAGUGCAGCUGUCUUGUGGUCAUACUGCUAGCAGCCGCAGGUGGGAUUUUGCUUUUGACAUGUGGUAGGGCGUAUGAGGAGACACUGCAGCCUGUUCAGGAGCUUCUCAGCUAUCUACGGUUUGGACUCUGGUGGCUAGUUCUUGGUGUAGCUUCAUCAAUUGGCCUGGGUUCUGGUCUGCACACUUUCGUCUUGUACUUGGGUCCUCAUAUUGCUCUAUUCACAAUAAAAUCUGUGAGCUGCGGAAGGGUUGACAUAAAAAGUGCUCCAUAUGAUACAAUUCAAUUAAGAAGUGGUCCUUCAUGGCUGGAUAAGGACUGUUCUGAAUUUGGUCCACCAUUAUUUUCUCUACCCGGUGCACGGGUACCAUUGACCAGCAUACUAAACCAGGUUCAGUUGGAAGCUAUAUUGUGGGGUAUUGGAACAGCUCUCGGAGAGCUUCCUCCUUACUUCAUCUCUAGAGCUGCUAGGAUAUCUGGUAGUGAAGGUGAACUUAUGGAAGAUUUGGAUUCUGCUUCAAAAGAAGAUGGUGGAAUUAUCAGCAACCACUUAAAACAGAUAAAAAAGUGGCUUCUUUCUAACAGACAGUACUUGAAUUUCUUCACAAUUCUGGUUCUUGCUUCGGUGCCAAAUCCUCUGUUUGACCUUGCUGGUAUCAUGUGUGGGCAAUUUGGUAUUCCAUUUUGGAAAUUCUUUACAGCAACACUGAUCGGGAAGGCAAUUAUUAAGACUCACAUACAGACAGCAUUUAUUAUUUCAGUUUGCAACAAUCAACUGUUGGACUUGAUAGAAAAUCAAUUAGUUUGGGUGCUUGGUCUCAUUCCUGGAGUUGCCUCGUUCCUGCCAAGCAUCAUUUCCAAACUACACAUCGCUAGAGAGAAGUACAUGGCAGCAUCCCCUCCAGUGUCUAGUGUUAAGGCAAAAAAGUGGGACCUUACGCUUGGUUCAGUAUGGAACACUGUUAUAUGGCUCAUGCUCUUGAACUUCUCAGCCAAGAUUGUUAAUACAACUGCCAAGGGCUAUCUUAGAGAGCAGCAAGAAAAGGAGCUGGCCGCACUUGAAAAUAAUCAUGCUAGGGAAUAACAUAUUCAUAGUAGUUCAGUAUGUGCAAGGCUCCAAUUUAGUUGCUGGUAGUUGAUUAAAAAAAUGAUCCUUUUAGCUGCUGGUAAUAGAUUGUGGUGUACGUUUUUGAAGUGCCAUAAUCUGUUUAUUGUAUUGGAAGUUCACUGCAUGUAAGAGGGAGAGGCUUCUUUUUAUGUCCUCAUCCCCUACUUCCUUUAUACACCAAAAAUACAUCAUGUACUUGAAUCAUAAUUCAAUGACGAAAAAAAUUCAGUUCGGCAGGAUCAUCUUA